GGUGUAUUGACUCCAUCAUGAUUAUUAGACAUUCGAGCAACAGUAUCAGGUGGGCCAGCAUAGCGGUCGAUCUUCGUCUGUCAAUGCACGAGCGCAGCGCAAAGAGCGGCCUUGGCUUCCCUUCGUCAACCUCCAAAGAUCUACCAACGCAGAUCGCAAGGCUCUACAUUCUACAAACCAUUCGCACAAUACAUACUGUUCGAGCGACCAUACCCUGCGCAAGCCGCAUUCGAGACGUUUUACGUGAAGGGAACAUUCCUUGUUGUCACGGUAGCAGUUCAUUAUACGAGAGCACUAGUACCGACAACAUAAACGGCUUUGGAAGAAAGUGAACGCAAAUGCACCUUUACUACCGCGCGCGACAAGCGCCAGCGACAAUUGUCCAACCACCCUCGCUUACGCUAUGAUAGCGGCGCACCGUUGAUGAACUUGCCGCCGACUUGUACGGCGGCAUCUGCUGAGGAAGACUUAGACUCAACGGUAAUGGAGGUAAGCAAACCUUAUCGAACGGCUUCCAGCUGCACGGUCGAGCCACGUAUAGUCUCUCGGCCUUUGCGCAGGCGCCAGAGCAU